ACACAACCUUCACAAUUGCAAAAGAAUAUAAGAAAAAUAAAUUUUUUUCGACCAACCCUAAUGUACAAAUCCAUGGUCAAAACGUAUACAAAGUCCCUAACUUACACAUUUUCUUUUAAAAUCCAUAAAAUUUAACAGAAUUACAUCAAUGAGUUUCUAUAUAACAUAUUUUGUUUUCAAAAUCAUAGAAUUUAAAAAAUAGUUAGUCUUCAAUAAAUAACAACGAUUUGAAAAAAAAAUAUCUCAAACAAAGAACUUAAUUCUUUAUUACGUUUUUGAUUUUUUACUCUGGAAAUAACAAGUGUUAGAAUAAGGUACUGAUACGUGCACACGUACAUAUGUAUUAACCAAAAAAAGAUUGGCCAUCUUAAAAUGCAGCAUCAUAUCAUCGGGGCAUUGUAAUGUUGAGUGCUUUUGUAUCCUCGUUAAAACUCCUUUUACAUAUAUACAUACAUACAUACAUACAUACAAAUUUAUGUAACGUUCUCGGCGUACAAUACAAUCGAAAGAAAGAUAAACCUAUGUAAACAGACUCAAGCAAAUGCGGGAUGCUUCCCCCAAAAUCUAAUAUUUUUCUUGUUUCUCUAUAAAUUCGCAAAUCACUAUUUCGCCUCAUCAUUACAAUUUCCUCCCUUAAAACUUGUGACAAGCCGGAAGAAAGAAGCACUGCAAUGAAGAUUGGGUGGUAGUGUAAUUGAAGCGCACUAUAAUGUGUGAUAGUACGUUCCGCCGACCCUACUUCAUGGUAAAAUUUAGCAGAAUGGACAAGAGCGAACUAACGCAUGCGCACUGCAGCUCAACAAAGUAUAUCGGCAAGAGAAGUUAGCAAGUGUAAAUAAUUGGAGUUUGGCUAGUAUAGUAGUAUAAAAAAAGAGCACCACAAAGUCAAUAAAUUCUUAAUAAAGGCAUCACAAUAGUCAGUCAGUCAGUCGGCUUUAUGAACUGGAAGCGGAUUAAGUGGCGGCAAUAAUAAACGCAAUGCAAGCAAUUUUUAAAAAAUUUAGAACAAUCAAAGAAAAUCGGCUAUUCAAUAAGUUCUUAUAUACCAGGUAUUCGAGUUAAUACAAUAUUUUGGACGCCUCUGUUAGAUUUUCGAAUGCGAAUAUUUUUCGAAUAAUUUCAAAGUGACUUUCACUUGAAACGGACAGACAGAUUUGAAAUAGUAUUUUGUUUGUGCGCUUCUCAAAACAAACUUGGGUGUUAAGCUUGUUCUUUGGUCUGUCGAAAUUGCGAAUUUUUGUUUGUCGUUUGUUUGUAUAAACUUGAUCGUCAUGGCUGAUGAGGGUGCAAAUCCGGAAAAAGAGUCGGAAAAGAAAAUCGUACACACAUAUCCGCUUGUCAAGCAUUCUGAUAUGAACGAAGAAAUGCGCUCCGAAGCAAUCGAAAUGAGCAUUACUGCUUGCGAAAAAUAUUCCAGCAAUUACGAGCAAGCUGCACGCGUUAUUAAAGAGACAAUGGAUAAAAAAUUUGGCAUCUACUGGCAUGUUGUCGUUGGCGAAGGUUUUGGAUUCGAGGUAUCAUACGAAACGAAAAAUAUUUUGUAUCUUUUCUUCGGUGGUAACUUGGCCAUUUUGCUAUGGAAAUGCUCAUAAUAGAUAUACCGACACACACUUUAGUAGCUUUCCAUCGUUUGCAACAUAGAAAUAGCAAUACGCAAAACAAACGGCACAAUAACCGUAGUGAAAAAUAGAUAUAUAAAAAACAAACAGAUGCAGAACGAGAGUCAGUCACCAACUAUUUAGGGAACAUGUAGCGAAAGUGUUUUAAUUAUAUGUAGUAGAUUACGGAAACAAAUGGUUUACAAGCCCGCGUACCUAAAUUGUAU